GGUAUUAUCGUGUACGUGUCAAGAUGUCUGGAAGAGGAAAGACUGGUGGUAAGACACGCGCCAAGGCUAAGACCCGCUCUUCUCGAGCUGGGUUGCAGUUCCCGGUUGGUCGUGUUCACAGGCUCCUGAGGAAAGGCAACUAUGCUCAGCGGGUGGGUGCUGGUGCUCCCGUCUACUUAGCUGCCGUACUGGAGUAUCUGACCGCUGAAAUCCUUGAGUUGGCCGGGAAUGCUGCCCGCGAUAACAAGAAAACCAGAAUCAUCCCUCGCCAUCUUCAGCUGGCAGUGCGUAACGAUGAGGAGCUCAAUAAGUUGUUGGGUGGCGUGACCAUCGCUCAGGGUGGUGUGCUGCCCAACAUUCAGGCCGUGCUUCUGCCCAAGAAGACUGAGAAAUCCGUGAAGAGCAAGUAAGCUUGAGAUUGUUUCAUUAACGCCAACGGCUCU